GAAGCCGCUAGAGCGCCAUCCGCUGCCGGGGCUGAGGGGGCAGGGCUGGGGCUGCAAGACCUGGCUUAACCCCGCGGGUCCAGAUCUCAUGUGGAGCUGCAGGUGCAGGACAGGGCGAGGCAGGUGGUGCAUUUCAAGUGCACUUUCUCUUUGCAUUCGUGAGGUUGCUUGGCUGCGCGUUAGAGAGGCUUACAUCAACUCCAAGUCGGUCUGACUAGUGAGGAAACAGACCAAGAAGAGGGAAGAAGCGUUGCCAUCAGCAGAGCCAGAUAACCUGAUACUCAGAAGUGUGAGACCAAGACCUCGGGGUCGCUCUCCCAGGCCAGCUUGGGUCGGUGGGCGUCGGGAGCAAGAGCCCUGCUCGGAUCCCUGCACCCCACCCUGCGGCACCCCUCGCUGCGGCAGGAGGCUCCCUGGAGGAGGAGCUCCGCACGUGGAGGAGGAGCCAGGGCAGCUUCUGGGAGCGGGCAUUCAAUCCUCGGGAAUAAGAAGCCGAGCUCAGGAGGAGCCCCAUCAGCCAGGCGGGCAGAAAGCUCCAGGAGCAUCCCCAUGGAAAAGAAACAGAUCCUGUGCGUGGGGCUAGUGGUGCUGGACGUCAUCAACGUGGUGGACAGGUACCCGGAGGAGGACACUGACAGAAGGUGUUUGUCCCAGAGAUGGCAGCGCGGAGGCAACGCAUCCAACUCCUGCACCGUGCUGUCGCUGCUCGGAGCCCCGUGUGCCUUCAUGGGCUCGCUGGCCCCUGGCCAUGUUGCCGAUUUUGUCCUGGAUGACCUCCGCCGCUAUUCUGUGGACCUGAGCUACACGGUCUUUCAGACCAUGGGCUCCAUCCCCACAUCCACGGUCAUCAUCAAUGAAGCCAACGGUAGCCGCACCAUCCUACACGCCUACAGCUUCCUGGUGGCUGACUUCAGGCGGCGGGGUGUGGAUGUGUCUCAGGUGGCUUGGCAGAGCAAAGGGGAGACCCCCUGCUCCUGCUGCAUCGUCAACAACUCCAAUGGCUCCCGUACCAUUGUGCUCUACGACACGAACCUACCAGAUGUGUCUGCUAAAGACUUUGAGAAGGUCGACCUGACCCGGUUCAAGUGGAUCCACAUUGAGGGCCGGAACGCCUCGGAGCAGGUGAAGAUGCUUCAGCGAAUAGAGCAGCACAACGCCAGGCAACCUCUGGAGCAGAAGAUCCGGGUAUCUGUGGAGAUUGAGAAGCCCCGGGAGGAGCUGUUCCAGCUAUUUGGCCACGGAGACGUGGUGUUUGUCAGCAAAGAUGUGGCCAAGCACUUGGGGUUUCAGUCAGCGGUGGAAGCCCUGAGGGGCUUGUAUGGCCGUGUGAGGAAAGGGGCCACGCUUGUCUGUGCCUGGGCUGAGGAGGGUGCUGACGCCCUGGGCCCCGACGGCCAGUUGCUCCACUCAGAUGCUUUCCCGCCACCCCGGGUGGUGGACACUCUGGGGGCUGGAGACACCUUCAACGCCUCCGUCAUCUUCAGCCUCUCUCAGGGGAAGAGCAUGCAGGAGGCCCUGAGGUUUGGCUGUCAGGUGGCUGGCAAGAAGUGUGGCCUGCCGGGCUUUGAAGGCAUCGUGUGAGAGCUGCGUGCAGGAGCGCCGGCCUGCCACCUCCUUGGAGGCUGGCAUCGCUGCUGCCAGCGCCUCCUCCCAUGUGCCUAGCCUGGCAUCCAGGCUGCCCGGCCCCUCGGGCAGGUGCGGGUCUGUGUCCCCAGCGUCUCACCUGCAGAACCUCAGAACAAAUAAAUCUCUUUCCCCUUGGCUUC